AUGGAUGAACACCGCUCUUUCCCCCAAGCCAGGCCCCUGGCAUCUGCCUUGUCGUCCACGCCCAUCCCGAACCUCUCCCUCUCGGCGGCCGGGCUCCUCGCCCUCGCAGACCUCCACACGGUGGCCCAGAGGACCGUCAUCACCGGCGGCUCCUCAUGGCUCGACGCCCUCGUCCUCGCCCCGGGCCUGCAGUACCAGCAAGCCGUCGAUGCACUCUCCCGCACCAGAGACCCUCUCCUCUCCGCCGUGCUCCAGUCCCCGGCCCCCGGCGAGAGCGAGGCCACGGUCUACUCCGUCCACAACGCCGCCAUGGUCCAGUACCUCCGGCGGCUGUGGCAGGAAGCAUCGCCCAGCCCCAGCGGCAGUCUGACACUAAACGUCGGCGUCGCCAAGAGCCAACAGACCCAAGGGCUCGCUCGCGCCCUGAGCAGUCUUCUUGCCACGCGGCGAAAGGGACCAGCCCACGCCGACACGAUGGAAGUCGACUGCCUCAGCCACGUCUUCUACCUGCUGAGCCCGGUGCUGACCGUCGCGGCGAGCACGCUCAUGGUGCUGCUAUCCGACUGGUGGGGGCUGUCCUUCAUCGUGGCCCUCAUGGCAUCGCGCAUCCUCAACAUAUACUCCAUCAAGCAGCGCUCGCGGCCGUCUCCCCCGCCCGUCGACGGCGAGCUGGGCGUGGGCAGCGACCGCGACGCCGAGUACGCAAUCCACCUGGGGGACGACGGGUCGCGCGUCCUCCUCCGCGGCCUCGGCUCCGACAUCCGUGCCAUGACGACGCAGGUCUGGUUGAGGCAGCAGACCGUCGCCGAGAGCUACCUCGAGGCCGCGGCCAAGCUGCUGGUGUACCUGGUCGCGGCCUUCAGCGGGAACCAGACGCAGGCGGGAGCCAUGGUCCUCAUGGCGCUGCUGGUCUCGAGCGCCGCCCUGCUCGGGCUGAGCAAUGCCCACGCGAGGGGACUGCACAUGCACGGGAGGACUGCGAGACUGGAGCAGACGGCGUUGGCGGCGGCCGGGGAUGCUGAGCACGGCGUCGUCGACGGCGGCGGGAAGCUGUUUGGCUCUUUGCCAGACGACUUGUCGGAGGGCCACGCAGCCGUGGCUGCCUCUUGA